AAGUGUAAGUGUUGACGUGCGUGUACGUGUACAUGUGAGACGAGAGCAUCAAGCUGUGUCUAAUGCAGCUCACAAACGCAGCUCAAGAUCGUUAAGCAUUCCAGAGAGAAAAUCAAUCGACAGUCGGUCGGCACCACCACAACAGCUACAAAAUGACCAUGUCCCUGUCAGGGCCGUUCCCCAAGAUCGAAGAAAACAGCAAUCGCCUCAGUACACACAUGGAGUGGAUGGAUGGAAAAGCCUACACACACACUGCAUGCCAUGCGAAGAGAGCAAUGACACAAUUACAUGCGAGCCCAAAAAGCAGGUCGGGUGACAAAGGCAACAACAAGGCGUGCACUACAACAUGACAUCAUCGAUCUAUCACGAGACAGGCGAGUCGCCCACCACAGUCGAGUGUUCCAUUACUCGCGAGGAGCCAUCACCCGCCAGUGCACUGCUGGUGGCCGCAUUGUCGCUCUCCCUCUUGGUCCCACCUGCACCGCUCGAUGGUGCGAUGAGAGUCCGCUGGUGCGUCAGCCAGUAGAUGACCUUGGACACGGUGAGGGCCAGCCAGCAGACGAGCAUCAGCAGCACAUACCCCACCAUCCAGUCGACCUUGUUGCCGUAUCGCGCCUUAAAUCCGUGGUAUUCCACGAACACCUGGGACACGUACACAGUGUUCUCCACCACGCGAAUCAACAGGACGACGAGGCACACACUGAUCGAUAAGGACACGUGGCGGUGGCGGUGGUAGAGUAAGGGAAAACAGCCCACGAGCGACACCAGCACCACCAGCAGCACGUUCACGACAGCGGGGUUGUCUCGGAACCCAGGUCCCACCAGCAGCAGCACCAGAUAGAACGUAUGCACCGCGGCAAACGCGCCAAUCGUCACGAGAUCGCGAAAGGCCAGCGCAAUUGCCCACAUACGCAGAUGGACGUCAAAGAAGUAGUACGAGAGGCCGAGCAGCAGCUCCAGCCACGGUCCCACCUCAGUGAGCUUUGGCACAACGCGGCAGAGCACUGCGAUGGUGCUGCGACUGUCGGAUGACCGCACACCCGUCGUGACGAGCAGCUUGUCCGUCUGGUCGCGCUGCAGGUCUCGCGCCUCCACAAACGACACGUCAGCCACCUCCUCCUCGCCACCGCGGACACUCGAGGGGGCCCCCCUGGUCGCCUGGCUGGUCUGAUCGUGAUGCGAAGGGCUGUCCUUGUGGGCCGUCGAGCCCUUCUCUGUGUCGAGCUCUCGCGUGUCGAUGUCCGCAUAAUGCCGCUGGCCGGACAGCAGGCUGUCAUGCUGUUCGCUGGUGGCGCCGCUGUCUUCGGCUGUGUCGUCGAAGGACUCGUUCAACAGCAGCAGGAAGGCGAGAUAGAUGCAGCAGGCCAGCGCACUGCCGAUGUUCAUGCCGAUGUUCUGAUCGGUGAACUGGCUCUUGUGCAGCGUCACGUAGAUGUAAAAGGCACUUGUGGGGAUGAGGGCCACGAUGGCGUGGACGGUUUCAAACUCCCUCGUUGUCUUGGUGAACUUGCCCAGCCGCCAGCUCUCCACCGCCUCGGGAAAGAUGUGGAAGCCGACAAUGGCCAAGAUCGCCUUAUGCCACUCGCCGUGCGUCGCGUAAAGCACGCCACUCAGCCAAAAGCCUACAGCGCAGACAACGCACACUCUUUGCAGCGGCACACUCCAUGGUGUGUGUGUGUGGUGUGUGGUCCGGGUUGCUGACCGACCGGCAAACUCGAGAGCGAGCGUCAAGUAACACCAGUGGGGCCUCAGACGGUAGUACGACGCGGCCGUGGCAAUCACAAUGACUACACUGGCCACAUGAAUGAUGACCGACAGCAACACGGAACACCUGCAGGGACCAAGACAGUCACAAUCAGACAAUGACAGACAUGCAGCGAGGCGACGUGAGCCCAUGCAUUGCGUGUGGAGUGGAAGUGGGUGCAGGGCAGUCCGCCACCCACCUGAUCCAUGCGGUGAGUUCGCUGAACUCGGACUUGAUAUGGAGGAUGGGAUGGGCCAGCUGCCCGCUGGACCGAUUGUCUUCGUCAGUGUCAACCAUCAGAGGAGGACGUGCUCUGCACCGACUCAAAGCUCGAAGGGAGGUUCAAGCAGCAGAGAUCCAAUCUGCGAGCUUAGAG